GCUUCGCUCCCGCUCCCUCGCCGCUGCUCUUAUCUUUUGCGAUGGGUGCGUAGAUCUAGAAUGACGAAUGGCACUAGCAUGCGUCCUACAUCCUAUGAGUAUGAGUAUGAACAGGACACGAAGUCACACAUUUUUUUGCCUUGACCGCUACGACGCGCGCUGCAUUGCGUCUUCCACUACAUGACUGUAUCUAGUCUAGAGGAGAUCCUACGCGUCCGUUGCCCCUGCCGCCGUACAGGUGAACAACUGCAUCAUGUGGCGUGUGAGGACGAGAGACAAGAAGACUUAGUGUUACAACAUCAACUCAGUGCAGAAACUGAGCGUUGACAAGAUUCAGUCCAAGUUCUGUUCUGCUUUCCAGCAGACUGUUUUGUAGUGUUUUGUCCUAUGUUUGUUGCAAAGAGGUUAGAGCGAGAAUGCACUGAGCUCCGGCGGUCCCUUCCCCGUAUGAUAUUCCUGCUGACGACGGUAACGUUAGCUUGAAUUACUUCCCUCGAAAUUAUUCGUCCCGAGAGCCCAUCAAGUAAAACUGUUGAGCAGCUACCACCGUGCCGGGUCGGCCAUAGCUCUGAGCUCGCUUGUCCACAACGAGCCGUUGCGGGUCGGUUGUAGAUGUAGAUGUUCGGCUUUCGUUUUAGGCGACCGGCAUUUUCACUGACAAGGCUUCCUACCAAAAAAUAAGACUCGUUCAAAGUCCUCGUUGUUCGGGAUUCCGUGUGAUAGCCACCCACUUCGGCGAUGGCUGCACUACUUGAGCCUGUUUUCAGGGAGAGAGCUGUUGAUAUCGGGCCACUGCCGGUCUACGCCAAAGUGAAGAAGUCCCCUAAGCUACCUGUGGAGAAGUCGGACAUCGACAGUGUCAGUAGCGGUAGCAGCGGUGGAAGGAAAAACAGCCCGUCGAACUCCGAUCGUGGCACUUCUUCUCCUGAGAGAAGCUCACCAUUAGCUGGACAGCCUGUGGUAAUGGAGGGAACACGGGUCGAGGUAUCCUCAACAUGCGAGCUUCAGCGAGCACAGCGGCUGCCAACCAGGACUACUGUGGUCACGCUGGCAAAGGGUGAGCAGGCUUCGUCGUCGUUCCGAUACUACAACUACAGCGUAGGAAAGAGCAAGACGUCUGACAAGCGAGCGUCUCGCUGCAAUGCGGACACUAGAUCGGAGACAACGUCGAGUUCUGAUGUAUUCGUGUCACCGGAUUCCACACUUGAUCCCAACGGCAGCACCAAAACCUCACCACAAGCCAAGCGGAUAGACACGAGUAGCAGCAGCAGAGGGCGAGAAGUCACCGAAGCAGUGCUCAGCGUCACCUACGAUGAUGUCGUCGACGUGAACGAUUGCGAGGAACCGGACUAUGAGGAUGUGGAUCCAAGAUCGCCGUCCAGUGUGCCUGCUUCCCGACAGUGCGUUCGGCAAUGUGAAGGAUCACUGCGCCGUAAGCAACAACAACAACACCAACAACAACACCAACAACCACAGUCCACCAGUACCUUGAAUGUCGGCAGGAAGUCUUCUUCAUCGCUUGCCAAUGUAACCAGAAUUCCGUCGUCAAACACACCCAGCAUCACUAUACACAGUGGACGGCAGCAGCAACCAGUGCUCCCAGUGACCAGUGUUAGAAGCACUGGCAAGUCUGGACGGCAGCAGCAACCAUUGGUCUCGGUGACCAGUGUUAGAAGCACUGGCAAGUCUCCACGCCGUUGGUUUCCAUUCCGAAAGCGGACACGCGCACAGCGACCCAAACAGCCAUCGACUACAGUUACAGCGAGAGCAUCUGCAGUGCCUUCGGGAAACGAGCCCUUGGAUGCUAAUUCCUACGAGAGCAAUUGCUUGGCUAGAAAGCGUACCGAUGGUAAUCGCGUUUCCAUCCGCUCCACAGCUCAUUCAGAGACGUACUGUUGCAGUCGGGCCCGGCUUGAGUGGUUCCCGUGUCUACACCGCACCGGUGAGCAAUCUUGCUCCGCGGGUAACGCCGAGUGCAGUCUGUGUAGCAAUGCUAGCAGUGACUUGAUUACCGCUGCACGUCUGGAGUUGAAGGAUGUGCCAGGCGCUCAGACUGCCCCUGCAGCUGAACCCCAACAGUCAUCGCACCAAAAGAAGCAGCAGCAGCAGCAGCAGAUUGACCCUAGGCCAAUGCCCACUUCGAUUAAAGUGCGGCAGCUGAAACGCACGACGACUGGCAGUAAAUCAACAACCGGUGAGCGCUCACUACAAGCAUCUGAUUCUCACCUCACCACCACAGUGUGCAGCAAGGGGAAUCACAGUGAACCAGUGAAUACAUCCAUGGACAGCUCAUCACCCCGUCAUGUACAUCUGCAACAUGCACGCACCGUGCAGAGCGGAACAUGUGCAGAUGAAGACAUGAGUCGUGUCAAUCCCCUUCGCAUGUCCGACCUGGGCAAUGGCGAGUUUCUUAUCGGCGGCUUUGGCUCGGUUGAAGAAUAUUUGACUUCCACUAGAGGCAAUGAUAAAGAGAAGAGUGUAAUUGCAAAACCAAAAGCCAUGGCGCCUAAUCCACCACCGGACGUACUGGUCACCGAACCCGAUGAUGCACAUGAUGUGUUGAGCGUCUGCUGUCCGCAGAGCUCUGAUGGCUACUUGCUGCCGGUAGCAACCAGUACACCACUGCCGCCGCGGAGAAAACACCAGGGGAGCACAGUGGUGGCCGGACGUACAGCCCAACAUUCACAUCAGCCCUGCGCUACUGCUUCCCAGAGCCAGCACCAGCAGCAGCAGCAGCAGCAGCAGCAGCAACAACAGCAGCAACAGCAGCAGGCUGCAAGACGACUGAAUGCCGUUCGAAAACUCUCGGCAACCGCCAGCACACUGAGUAGCAGCGGUAGCCAGAGUUCUCUCUCCCGACCCAGGCCCCCCAAGCCGAAACGCACCCGACCACUCUUCGUGGACACAAAGAACUUUGCCCAAGCCAGACAAUCAACCCUGGACACGACUGCCAAGGCAUCACGCAAGAACAAGAAGACGAAGGUCAGCAAUGUUCCGUCCAUGGAGAUGCAUUAUGACUCGUGCCCGUUGAUUCGAAGUGAUAAUCUACGACGGCAUCCUCUAGUCUCCCACACACCAUCUCUCCUCUCUGGUCCAUACGAUGAUGUCAUAAUUCCUCAGGAUCCUAAUCCAACAGUCAAUGGAGAUCCGAAUAGCAAGGAGGUGAAGCAGGAAAUCAUAUUCGCAAGGAGGCAACACUCUCACUGUGGCCUUGCCUCGCAGAAAUCUGACUCUUGCCCGACACACCGACAUACGCUAUUCCCAUCGGCAAGGGCAACGUCGCGGCAGAAGAUCUCGCCACUGCCGCAGCCGUUGGAGGAUCGCGUUCACGGUAAAAUCCUGGGCACGAGUCCAGAGAAUUCAUCUCAUCGUGCAAGUGCACAGAGAAUGUGUGCUCGGCAAGCUGGCGGAGCUGCUGACCAGGCAGACAGCACGACCACUGGGCCGCUUGUAUCCAAGCCUUCGCACAAGCAGGCCACCCGCAGCAGUUCCUUUCUGAAUGCAUGCGUACAGGAAGCAGCCAUGCCGGGACCGACCACCUCGGGACGUCAGCCGCUGAAACCUCACAAGUCGAAUAGCCAGCGACGCAGCGGCAAGGCGGUGUCGUUUUCCAUGCCAAAGACGGUCGUUUCUCGGAAACAUUCCGGACGUCUGCAGCAAAGUGCCCGCGUCAAACAAGAACAUGGCUCUCCAUUCUGGGGCACUCCCAUGGAGGACCUGAAACAUCGCGAUCGACGCCCGUCAGCCAUGAAAACAUCACUGGUCGUGACUCUACGGUGCACCAGCGACGACAGGAGCUUUCUCAGCGUUGUCGAAGGAGACAUCGUCUUCACGGAGCUGGACCGCACCCAGGGCAUGCGCGCACCGUUGUUCUGGGCGUUCUGUGCGCGUACCGAGCGCAUGGGCUACAUUCCGGCUGAGUUUGUGCGCGUCCUUUGCUAAACGUUACUGAUGUGUGCACCCGAAAUGCUCAGGGCAAGAAUUUAGAAUACUAGAUUAGAAACAUAGUAAUGUUUACAUUACGAACUGAGAAAAUACACUUCAACAGUAAGGUACUCUAAUUUCAGACUAAUGGUCCUUGAGUGAGAUACUCCCAGCAGCAGCAGCAGCAGCAGCACGCCUGGGUUGCGCCACCUUCCAACUAUGAUUUCCCUAUUCAGUUCAAGUAGUUCAGUUCUCAAGAUUGCACAACCGUCCCGGUGGUGACUGGUUUUGAGCGAUACACCAAUGGCCAAGGGUGAAUCACCUCAUCUUUAGCCAGACUCUAGCACAAUGGACGAUACACCAAUGGCCAUGGGUGGGAUCACCCCAUGAUCUCUUGCCUGACUGUAGCACUGAGCGCGGCUACAUGCUGGCAACGACAAGGUGUCAUUGCUCCGCUCCUCGAUGUACUUCUUCGAUUGAUUCGUUUUCGUUUGUUCGCGUGCAACAGUUUUUCCGCGUGAUUGACGUCAAUUAUUUGAUGACGUGAUAUUAUUGUCAUUCAGAGUACUUACAUGUAUGCCUGUUCUAGUACGCUGCUUCACCGCAUGUAAAUUGUAAUGCCACUCUUACUCAAGUACAAGUAAUAUUGUUACUAUGAUUCUUAGCUAAUGUCUAGUGGUCUUUGUUGUGUUGCAUUGAGACCGACCAUGCUCCAGUUUCUUCUCUAUAAUAUUUGGCCAAUGCCCGGCGGCUUGCUGCCACGAUACUGUUCUUAUCAUAUCCACUGCAGUACU